AUGGCUAAGAGAAAGGUUAAGCGAUCUGUUGAGAAGAGACUGGUCAAGCGUCGAAAAGAUGAGGAUGCCAAGCUUGAUGCCGGCGUUUUCAAGGACUAUGACGAAGAGGACAAUGUCUCAUUUGAUGAGGACGAAGAACAGGACUAUGAGCUCCGUCCUAGACAGUUCAAAGAGGAUCAAGAGCUUGAGGAAGGUUUGCCUGUGAAAAUGCCAGAUGGAACAUUCAAGAGAGUUUUGAAGAAGAAGCAGGUGGAAGCAGAGGAGCCGUCGGAGUCUGAAGAUGUGGAACCAGAACAGCACUCCUCCGAGAAAUCUGAAUCUGAAUCUGACGAAGAAUUGACUCCACAGGAAAAGCUGGUCAAGACCAAGGAGGAAAUCGCACACAUUGCAGAACAAAUCAUGGAAGAUCCAGAGGAACAUGUAAAACUUUUAGCCAGGUUGCGAAGGAUGGCCAACUCGAAGAAUCCCAACACGUCCAAACUGUCUCUUCUUGCCGCUGUUCCAAUAUUCAAGAGUAUUGCCCCAGCAUACCGUAUACGGCCUCUCACAGAAAUUGAAAAGAAACAGAAAGUUAGCAAGGAUGUGGCCAAGCUGCGAUACUUUGAGGAAACACUUGUUUUUGAGUACAAACAUUACAUUGAUCUGUUGACUCAAAAAGCGAGGGUGGUUUCCACCACGCCUAAAGCCACUGAACUGGACAAGCAAUUGGGGAUCCUGGCUAAUAAUGCAGCAUGCGAAUUAGCGCUAGCCUUACGAUUUUUCAACUAUCGGAAGGAACUUUUCCAAAUCGUGGUCAAAAGGGCAGUCAGAAAGCCUGCUUCCGAGUCUGAGUUCAAAGUCUACGAGAAAAGUAUCCAGACCAUGGAAGAGCUUUUCAAGGAGGAUGCUGACCGCGGUGACAUCUCAGUGGAGCUGGCAAUUCUCUUGAGUCGCGCCAUUCGCACGAGAGAAUACAAAGUUGACGAGAGUGUCGUGAACGUCUUCCUGGCACUGAGCAUUUUGGAUGACUACGAUCCAAACUCGACCGAGGAAGAAAAAAAACUAAAACUCAGGAAGAAAGAUAGAGUGCAUCUGUCCAAAAAGGAACGCAAACAACGUAAAGAACGCAAGCAGAUCGAAAAAGAGCUCAGAGCAGCCGAGCAAGCAGUCAGUGCAGAAGAAAGAGAAAGAAACCAGGCACAGGUACUGAAGAUACUGGUUACGCUAUAUCUCGAAAUUCUUAGAGCCAGACCUGAUAAACUGAUGGCCCCGGUUCUGGAAGGUCUCGCCAAGUACGGACACCAAGUCAACAUUGACCUUAUUGGCGACUUCCUCCAGAUCCUGCGCGAGAUCUGUGAGAAUUUGCUGCACGAUAUCAAUGAAGAAGGCAACUUUUCUAGCACCAGUAUCAGACAGGUCCUGCUCGCAAUCGUCACGUCUUUCUCGCUGACCGCAAACCUGCCAACCAAACGAAUGUCUGUGGAUUUGAACAAGUUUGUGCAGUAUCUGUACACGCUGUUGCCGACGCUUGCGCUCGACUCAGAUAUAGAGUUCUCGCACAAGACGCUCCGUCUGGUUGACCCUCUCGCCGCAACACAGUAUCGUCCAAACGUCAAUAUAGCCACUAAGUCAGAGCUGCUCCUCAGGUGUCUAGACUACGUGUUUUUCAACUCCAGGUCAGGCUCAGGCAAAAGAUCUAUAGCAUUCACCAAGCGCAUCUAUUCUCUUCUGCUGCAGGCUCCAGAGAAAACUGGUAUUGCAGGGCUGAAGUUUGUGGACAAGCUGAUGGCCAGAUACGAGGACAUUAAAGGACUCUACACAACAGAAGACCGCAUUCAAAACGGAGUUUACCAUGCUGAACAGGAUAAUAUUGCACUUGCAAACGCUGACGUCGCUGUCAUUUGGGAAAAUGUGCUUCUCGAGUCUCACUACUGUCCAGCAUUGGCUGAUGGUGUCAAAGCACUGAUGAAGAAGGCUAAAUAA